UGGCUGAUUAGCCGCUGCAUGAUUUAGGUCUUGACUUUUAGCUCAUUCGGAUUUUUUCGGAUUUAUAUAAUUUUACCCCACAUUUGAAUAUUUCAAUUGAUAUAAUAUGGCAACCAUAGAUGUUUUGUCAUCCAGAUUUUUCUCUUAUGAAAAAAUGUAUUCCGAUGACAUACGCCAACAGAGCUUUUCUGGUUGGCCAUUUCGAGAAGAAUGCAACUGUACACCUGAGAAGAUGGCAAAGGCUGGUUUUGUCCACUGCCCUGGUGAAAAUGAACCAGAUGUUGUGUGUUGUUUCUUCUGUCUGAUUGAACUUGAGGGCUGGGAGCCCGACGAUGAUCCCUGGUCAGAACACAUAAAGCGAUCUCCAAACUGUGGCUUUUUAAAUUUGAACAAGGACUUCACAGAGCUCACGGCGGCUGAAUACUGUCACAUCGAGAAGGACAGGCUUAAAGUCUAUUUUAAAAAAGUUUGUCACAAAAAGAUGGCAUUUCUUCGUGAUGAGAUAGACCGUACACUGGAGUCCCUAAACUCACAACUGGCAUCUUUGUGAAUCUUAUUUUGAUCCUUGACCCUGGACAGAUGGCCCGAAGCCCCUCCCAUUCAAUACCAACUGUUGCCCCAGUAACAUCUGUCACGUAUGAGGGGACUGCGCACUGGAGAGCUCGCCAAGAGACUCGCCCAACCCCAUCCAAGUCCAGCUCAAGUUUAGGGCACAGUGGGCAGGACUUUUAAGAAGGGGGGUACAUUUUGCCCACUCCAAGAAAGAAGAACGAAAAUAAGAAAGUAAACACUGGGCAAGAGUUUCUAACAAUUCGUAUUUUAAGCAUAUCUUUUCAAAGCACAACCCGAAGCCUAUUUUCAGGCAAUAAAAAUGAUCAUUAAUCAUGUUUUGUUUUUUUUUUGUUUUUUUAAAGUAAACUAAUGCAUAUUCAACACUGAAAGCCACAAGCAAGCAAUCAUUUUGAGACAGUUUUAGAAAUUAUUUAUUUUUUCCAUCUCAAUACUCCUAAAACUUUUUUUUUUUAUACUUUCAGUUAAUGAAAUGUGUUAUGACUCCCCCUCACUGCCUGUGUUAUAUUUUAUUGACAUGAUAUUGUCUACAAAAGCGGGGGACGUGUUGAGUGCAGUUUGUUGAAAUGAAUAUCUCCUUUACCCAAUGGGAGGGUUGUCUAGAUGGAGCACAGGAUUACAGAUGCUAUCCCUUCUCCAGCCUCCCUGUUUUGGAUUAAUGUCUAAUGUAACACUCGGGCCACUGGGCUCAGAUCAGCUGCUUAAUUCCCUUUUAUCCGCUCACUACAGAGCAAAUUGAAGAGGGAAUAUUUUUAGUUGAAAAGGUCAAAAUCCUUGCAGGUGAUGUAACAUUUGUAAUGAAACUGUCAUUGAGUUUGGAGUUCCUCAGUGUUUCUGAGCUCUUGUGCCUUAAAAUAUUUGUUUUAGCCCUAGUGUAGGAAAAUGAUAAAUAAGUAAAUUAUAUAUUUAAUACUGCCAUAUAUUUUUAAUUCUGCAAAAAUGCAUGUCUGCCCUUAAAAUUCAUCUCUUUAAUAGUUCAAAUUAUAGCUGUGGUUUGGUUUAGUGUUGAUGAAAAUUACAAUGCACAAAAAAUUUAACUUAAAUAAUUAUCCAGUUAACAGGGUGAGUGUGUAUCUUAGGCAGCCCCAAACCUGAAUAAAUGGAGUGUAAUUGCUACAGUUACAGAAACUUGAUUUGAAUAGAAUUGUUGCAGAUCCAUUUUAUUAUGAAUCCAUUGCUUAUUAAUAAACGGUCAUUGCAAUUGUG